AUGGAUACCAACGCUACUACCGACAUGUCUAACAACGCUUGCACCUCGACGAACGCUUAUAUGGAGGCUCGCAUGACUCUAUUAGGGCGAUUAAAAAUCAAGCGCAAGUACUAUAAGGCCUUCGAACCGCCGCCCGAAAGACAGGGCAAGGACGAAAUGGGCCGCCCGAUCAAGCGUUGCCGUAGGGUUUUGACUGAGGCUAUUGUCAUUAAGAGAAUGUACAGUGUGGCUUAUAACUAUUACGGACUCCUCGACGAUCGUCCAGAUACUCCUAUCACCUCCCCUAAGGAGAAUUCCGAUACUCAUAUCACCCCCUCUGAGGAGCGUUCUGAUACUCCUAUCACCGUCCCUCAGGAGAAUCUAGACACGCCUAUCACCGUCUCUCAGGAGAAUCCAGACACGUCUAUCACCCCCCCUGAGGAGAAUCCAGAUACUCCUAUCACCCCCCCUGAGGAGAAUCCAGACACGUCUAUCAUCCUCCCUGAGGAGCAUUCCGAUACUCCUACUGUCGCUCCCCCCGAAGAUGACUUCGUGGGCGAUUUCGAUUUAAGCGACGAGGACGAGCUUGCCGUGGAUCCUGAUGACAUACAGCCAAUAGAUCGCGAAGACCUUGAACUUAUAACCGCCUCUGACUUGGUGAUUGUGAUCCCGGAGCUAUAUCCCGACAAUGGCUUCAGCGAGCCCGGCGGUAUGAGGAAUAUCGCCCUAGAGAACAUCGCUAUGAUCUACGCACCGAAGGAUAUGGUUAAGAGGGUUGAAGAUGAAGACCCGGAGGAAGAGGAGUACUACUAA